AUGGAUUAUCAUUGGGAUGAAGAUAUUGCAAUUGUUGGUAUUGGUUUAAGAUUACCAGGAGAAUGUUUCUCUGCCAAUCAAUUGUGGGAAAAACUGUCCAAUUCUUUCGAUGGUAUUGUUAAGGUGCCUUCCGAUCGGUGGUCACACAGCUUCUAUGAGAAUGGUGUCAUUGGGACAAAGAAUGCCGGAAUGUUGCCGUUGGACGAGUGGAAGAAGUUCGAUCCUCUCUUCUUUGGAAUCUCUCCAAAGGACUGUGCUGCUAUCGAUCCACAAGAGCGAAUGAUGCUGACUCUUACCUACGAAGCAUUGGAAGAUGCCCAGAUACCAUUGGCUCAAGUUCGUGGCACUAAAACUGGAGUGUUUGUCGGUGUCUCCAAUAUCGAUUUUCGAGUGAUGACCGAACGUCAAUCGACAAUCGAUAGCCGUCCAACACUACUAAACGAUAUCUAUAGCUAUGGAAUGAUAGCGAAUCGUGUUUCUUUUUGCUACGAUUUUCGUGGUCCUUCCGUAGGUCUGGACAGUGCUUGUUCCUCGUCGUUGUUUGCUGCCGACCAAGCUUGUCAAUCACUACUUAGCGGUAGUUCCGAUAUGGUUGUUUGCGGUGGAAUCAAUGCGCUGUUCGACCCUGAUACAUCGGCUGGUUACAGCUGUCUCGGUGUUAUCAAUGACUAUUGUCGAUCGUUUGAUGCCGAUGGCAAAGGAUUUGUCAGAUCUGAAGGUGGUGCUGCGGUGAUUCUCAAGAGAUUAUCGGAUGCCGAACGUCUUGGUAACCGUAUCUACGCCGUUAUCAAGUCUAGAAGUUCAAACAGUGAUGGUCAUUACAAUAAACAUACAAUGUCAACCCCUUCCGCUGCUUCUCAAGCCGAUAAUAUAAAGUUGGCACUGGCUCGUGCUGAUAUAGCUGCUUCACAGAUCUACUAUGUUGAAGCGCAUGCCACUGGAACGGUUAUUCCAUUCGGUGAAUGGAACAUCAAAGUUGUCACGACCACAGAAGAUCUUCCAACUGAUCAAACAAUCCUAAUGGGUGUCAAUUCAUUUGGAAUCGGUGGUACAAACUGUCAUAUGAUUCUUCAAGAAUAUAAAAAGAAAGCUACUAAUCAACAACAACAGCAACAAAACAAUAUUCUAAAUGUAAACUAUUUAAUUCCAAUAAGCGGAAAUUCAUUAUUAUCAUUAGAUAACUACAUUGGUUGUUUAAUGGAUAAGGAGAAUGAAUAUCAGAACAAAUUGCCAUUCAAUGAAUUUGUAAUGAAUCAAUGUCUAUCAAAGUCAUAUCAUUCACAUAGAAAGGUGUUCAUUGCCAGUGAUUGGAAUGAUUUCAUCGAACAGAAAUCAACUGUACAAUCACAACUUCCACCUAUGGCUGCAAUGAGUAACGAGCAGAGAUCUAGCUCUGGAAAGAAAGUGAUAUAUGUUAUGUGUGGUCAAGGUCCACAAUGGAAUCAGAUGGGUAUGCAACUCUACCAUUCAGACCAACACUAUAAAUCCAACGUAGAUCGCAUAGACUCUCUAUUUUCCAAAUACACUGGAUAUAGUAUCAUUGGUAGACUCAAUGAUAUUCCAAGUGAAUCGAACGAUAUCCACCAUCCAAUAUUAGCACAACCAUCACUCUUUAUCUUUCAAGUAUCACUAGUUGAACUCUAUAAGAAAUGGGGUAUUAAUCCUUCAAUUGUAUUAGGACAUAGUUUUGGUGAUAUAACUGCAUGCUAUAUUUCAGGAUUAGUGUCUUUGGAAGAUGCUGUGAAAAUUGUAUAUUAUAGAUCGAUCUAUCAGAAUGAAACAAUUGGUAGUGGAAGAAUGUUAGUUGUUGGUAUGAAUGAAAAUGAUUACCAAUCACAAUAUCUAAAUCGAUUUCCUACUCUUGAGAUUGCUUGCUACAACUCACCAAACUCGAUUGUUCUCACUGGAAAUGAAAUACUCUUGGAUGAGCUGUCAUCGCUAUUGAAAUCCAAUGGUACUUUUAAUACAUUCCUUAGAUCACCAUGUUCAUUCCACUCACACAGUCAAGAUACUAUCAAAGACAAACUCCAUCAAUCACUCUCCGAUAUCGAUAUAGAUGGUAACUCAAAGAUAACCAUCCCAUGGUAUUCAACUUUAACAAGUGAAAAGCAAUCUUCGAUCAACUCUGAAUAUAUCUUCGAGAACAUUAGGAAACCAGUGUUGUUUAGACAAACACUAGAAACACUGGUUAGAGAUAUUGGAAAUGAAUCAUCACUCGCCAAUGACUAUAUAUUCCUUGAAAUUGCACCACAUCCAACACUUUCAAAUCUAAUCACUCAAAACAUUCCAACUGCCAAAGUCGUCAAUCCUUUAGUUAGAAACAAAGAUGAAUCCAUCUAUUUCCUGGCAUCGAUUGCUUCACUUCAUUGUCUUGGUGUAACAGUUAAUUUCCAAUGCCAAUUCACCCGUCAACAAAUAUUGGAUACACAAUGGAAGGAUCGUACAUCUAUUCUUCCAAGAUACCAAUGGGAUAGUGAAAUGUUUUGGUAUGAAACUUCACUCUCUAAAUUCAAGAGAUUGAAUGGUCCUUCCACAACAUUACUUGGUACACCGAGUGUUUAUAACGGUCAACAAAGCUAUCAUUCCGAUAUCGAUAUCAAGAGAGCGCCAUUCCGUUAUCUCCAAGAUCAUUGCGUCAAGGAUAAACCAUUGUUUCCAGGUGCUGGUUAUAUUGAUUGUAUCAUCGAAGCACUCAGAACCAACAAAAUGGAUAUAAAUAUCUGCAAUUUGCAAUUCUUGAAUCCAGUGUUUCUCAACGGUGAUAACAGAUCCUCUCAACAUAAUAACCUCCAAUUCCAAAGAAUGCAAACAACCAUAGAUAAACUGUAUGCCAACGACUACCAAAUUCAAUUCUUCAACAAAAAUGGUGAAUGCCAUGACGACAGUCUGCAAUGGAACAAAUCUGCACAAGCCAGAGUCUCUCUUUCAACCCCAAGAUCUCCGAAGUCUAUCGAUUUAAUUCAACUCUCAGAGAAAUGUGAUCUCACUAAAAUGACCUCCGAUGAGCUCUAUGAGAGGGCCGCAAGAGUUGGUUUAAACUAUGGACCUGCCUUCAAGUGUAUUAAAUCAAUGUUAGUGGGUGACAAAUCAACAUUAGCAACAAUUUCAAUCAAUAACAACUACAACAACAACUAUCCAAAAAACAUUAUUAAUGCAAUAAUACUAGAUAAUUGUGCACAUGGACUUAUUGGUCUCUUGGAAGAAAGAAGACAAUUUAUUUUCAAAUCAAUUGAAGAUAUGACUAUCAACUAUCAACUGUUGGAACAAAUUGAACAAUCUCCACCAACGGAAAUGUUAUUGGCAUCGACUCUAACUCACACUGAUGCAUUCAACUACUCUGGUCGUUGCUCAUUGGCUCUUCCAAACGGACAAGUACUAUUGGAAAUUGGAAAAUACACCAUCUCUACCCAAGAUAGAUUGAAACGUAAGACAAUUAAAUAUCCAUCCAAUGAACUCUAUGAAACAUUCUUGACUCCUAAAGAAUCAUCAUUUCCAGAGAUUUCCUCUGUUCAACUUGCUCCACUUCCUAGAGAAUCGUUUGACUGCCAAGCCAUCCUCUCUACAACACCAGAGGCAAUCAGAUUCCUAUGUCAUUCAAUGAUGAACUUAAUCCCUGGAUUCAAUCUUCAUGAUGCUCUCAAUCAAUCUAUUGAACAAUCAAUAGUCAGCUUCAACAUUCAACAAAGUAGAUCCAAUGGCCUACUGUUCAAAAGAUGCAUUGAAAUGUUGAGAGAGUAUCGCGAUUCUCUCACUACCUACUCCAUCUCCAGCGAAUACUUGGAUCAAUUGCACUUGAAGUAUCCAACGCUGGUCAAUAGGGAGUUGGAAGUGAUGAAGACUGCUGCAGAUAAAGCCUUAUCGCCCAAAAAACAAAGAAAGACAAUCAAACUGUUGGAGAUUGGUGGUGGAACAGGAUCACUUACACACGUCCUAAUUUCUGAAUUGGAUCGUGUUCUCGCCAAUCAGAAUUACGUUCAAAUCUACUACACAUUCACUGAUGUAUCGCCAUUCUUUGUUACACCAAUGAAGGAGUACUAUUCCAAUGUUUCAUUCCAAUCAAAGAAUAAUCUUCAUAUUAAAUUCAAGACAUUAGAUCUCGAACAAGAUUGUCUGAAACAACGAUAUCUUCCAGGUUCAUACGAUAUGAUACUUAUGUCAUUUGUUAUCCAUGUUGUUCCAAACAUCAAGCAGACUCUCAAUAACAUCCAGAAAAUAAUGGCACCACAUGGAUGGCUACUCUUUAUAGAACCAAACUACAAGGUACCACUCAUUGAUAUAUCAUUUGGUGGAUUCUCUCAGAUAUGGAGUUUCAACGAUGAUAUUCGUGAUCACUAUUCACUCAGACCAAUGGAAUGGAUGAAUAUUCUCUCAAAGGAUAUUGGAUUCAAAAACACUCGUGUCAUUGGUCCCAAUGAUUCGAAUGGUUAUCAAUUAUCUUGUGAAUCAGGUCUAUCUUAUAUCGUAUUAUCACAGAGAACAGCUAUCAAAGAAUUGGAUAUCUAUUCAUAUUUAUCAACACCAAAUACAACUACUACAACUUUAAUAGUUGGUAACAAAGUGCAAGAAUAUCAGCAAGUAUUGGAAAACAAUUCAUUUACUACUGUCAAAUGUAAUGAAAUUGAACAAUCAACCUGUCAACUUUUAAAGUCAAGCAAUAUUAUAUUCUUACCAGCAGGUGAACAACAAACAUAUCAAACAUAUCAAGAAACUAUCUUUCAACUGUCAACUCUUUUAAAGUUGUUCACUCAACAACCAGCAAAUCAACAACCAAACAUCAGUGUAAUCACAAGAGAUUGUAAAUCAUCAAAUUUCUUCUCAAACUCUUUGGUUGGAAUUGUUAGAACAGCACUCAACGAUUAUCAGGAUCUAAAAAUAACUCAUAUUGACAUUUCCGCUUCUUCGCUGGGUGUAGAGACUCUAAAUACAAUCAUUCAACUCUCAAAUAAUUUCGAAACACUUGGUGAUAAUGAAUAUUAUAUCGAUUGUUCUGGCAAUAUUAUGGUGGAAAGAGCGUUCAAGAUCAACAAGGAGUUGCUAGCAACAUCGUUGGCAUAUGAAACCGAUCCUUCACUACUUGGUUGCAAUGUCAAUAUAAACCUUGAAUUCAAGUUGUUUGAGAGAGAUGCUCAACUUGCACCAAACGACAUCGAAGUACACGUUCAAGCAGUCGGUCUGAACUUCAAAGAUCUCAUGUUUUAUCGACGUGCACUACCACAGGAAAUGAUAACAACAGGAGAUGUUAUGCAUCCUCCCAUUGGUUUGGAACUCUCUGGUAUAGUAACAAGAGUUGGCAGCUCAGUGUCUGAAUUCAAAGUUGGUGAAGAAGUAUUUGGUUUCUGUUCUCAUUCAAUGACAUCACAUAUAAUCGAAUCCAAAGAUCGUUUUAUUCAUAAACCAUCGUCCAUUUCAUUUGCCGAGGCAGCUUCACUUCCUAUUACCUAUGGUACAGUCUAUCAUUCUUUGAUGAAUAUAUGUCAAUUCGAUCCAGACAACGACACGGUAUUGAUCCACUCGGCAACUGGAGGUGUUGGAAUUGCUGCACUCAACAUACUGAGAUGGUUAAAUUGUAAGAGAGUCUACGCAACUGCCGGGUCAAUAGAGAAAAUAGAAUACCUAAAAUCCAACUACUCUGAUAUUCUAAUCGAUGUUUUCCUCUCUACAACCACCGAAUUUGCACAGCUAAUCAAAGAGAAAUGUGAUGGUGUGGAUGUGCUACUCAAUACACUAUCUGUCGAUUUCAUGACUUCAAACUUCAAGGCAUUAAGACCAUAUGGUAGAAUUGCAGAUCUUUCUUUAACACAUGUAUACAAUAAGGAAAUUAUUGACUAUGGAAGUUUUAAUGGUGAUCAUGGUUAUCAUGCAGUAAAUUUCCAAUCGAUUUGCGACAACCGAACAAAAUACACCAAUGGAAUGCUCAGGAAAAUUGUUGAAGCAAUUCACUCGAAUCAGUUGGAGCUACCACCAAUUCAAUCGUUCUCUGCCCUCAAUGUCAAACAAGCUGUUGAAUCUAUGAAAAAUAGAACUCACAUUGGAAAGUUUGUAGUAGAUUGCUCUGAUCUUUCGAGAGAUAUUCUGAAGCCGUUGAUUGAAUAUAGAUCAGCAAGCCCUACACCAAAGUUCAACUUCAAGGUGAAUCUAUCCAAUAGUAUUCUGGUCACAGGUCAAAAGGGAAUCUCGCUGGAAUUAAUCAAAUUCUUAACCAAACACUCAAGUGCCAAGGAUAUCAUUGUACUCUCUAAAUCAACACUCAAAUACCGUCUGGAAAAGUUGAUAAAUCUCUCCACCUCACCAAAGAUUCACUUUUAUCAAACCGAUGUAUCCAACAAAGAAGAAUUGGAGUCUACCAUGUCAACAAUAAUAGAAAAAUACCCACCAAUCGAAACGGUUUUCCAUUUAGCUGCUAUCUUUGAAGACCAAACGCUAACUGACUUGACAUUCGAAAACAUCAAGAAAAUUCACGACCCAAAGGUAUUGGGUGCCGUCAAUCUUCACGAAACUACCAUCGCUCACAACAUUCCAGUUAAACAGUUUGUUGUGUUCUCAUCUAUUUCAUCAUUCAAUGGAUCGACUGCCCAGCCAUCAUACAACUCCUCCAAUCUGGUGGUAGACUCGCUAUGCAACUUUAGAAAUGAACAACUUGAACUAUGCUCGAAAUCCAUUCGUUUUGGUCCGUUACUGGGAGAAGGUAGAGUUUCAGACUCGGUAGGAAUCAUUGAAUUCUUCCUUUCUCGUGGUAUGGAAUCGCUUCCUGUUUCCAAAUUCUUGGGUGGUCUCGAAGCUAUACUUUCACAAUAUACCUACUCCAAUGUUAUCGUUGGAGACAUCGCCACCUCGAAAAUAUAUGACUAUCAUCCUCAAAUCCGACCAAAGAUUGAACAUCUGAUCGAAGGUGAAACUGGUACCAAAACCAAAGUGGACCAAUCAAGAGAUACCGAAGAUAUCGUGACAAGUACAUUGGCAUCGCUUCUCUCCAUAUCACCAAGCAAACUGUCUGCUGAUACGCAACUAAUGGAUUUUGGUGUCGAUUCUCUAAUGACAAUUCAAGUGAAAUCGUUUUUCGAUCAACAGUUUGACAAGGAGCUAUUCAAUAUUACAUCAAUUCCCACAAUGACAAUCAAUCAAAUAGUUUCAAAGAUCAAGUCAAAACAAAAUACCAUUCCACCCAAAAAUACAACAACAAAAAAUGUGCUGUUAAACAUAAACAAACUUCAAAUAAAUCUAAAAGUGUAG